AUGAGCGGCGGCGAGCCAAUCAACAGCUUGCGGGCACGAAAGGCAAAUGAAAUUCAGGCCCUACAAGAAGGAAGCAAAAAACUUCGGGCCACAGUUAGCCAACUGCAAGGAACAAUCGGUGAAGCAAAUGAGGAGAGUGACCGACUGCGCACCACAAUCACAGAGUUUGCAGGCGUCGUCAGUCAUCUACAAAGGCAAGUGCAGGGACUGAAGCCCCUUGUUCCUCAAGCAUUUCAAAACCCAACUUUACAGCCCAACGGAUUCGGCCUCCUAGACUUCCGUAACUGGUCGCAAACGUUCAAGGGUAAUCGGGGGACAGAGAUUGAACUUAAUGAGAAUCCCAAAGCGAUCCUCGAAGCCGGCAAAGCAGGAACAUAUGAGACGACUCCUGAAGAGGUCGACCAUUUGACCCGAGUAAAAUUGGCUGAGCGCAAACAAUUUAACGUUCCCUUUAUUCGAGACGGAAAAAUAAGCCUGCAGUGGUUAAUUGCCUAUGAAACUGGAGCCUUUGGCUAUGAUGACCCGGUUCUCAAGACAUGGUAG